AGUAACACGCUGACACUCUACGUGAAGAUACACAAAGAAGACAGAACGCGGGUAAUCUGUAAAAUGGACGAGCGUGCAGAAAAAAGUGAAUCGGAGUCCCUGAAGCUGUACGAGGCGCAGUUCUUCGGCUUCACGCCCCAGACAUGCAUGCUGCGCAUCUACUCGGCCUUCCAUGACGGCCUGUUUGAGCUCAUGUCGCUGGUGGAGUCGGUCUUCAAGCGGCAGCUGACGCCCGCCGGACAGGAGCCCUCGCCGGAGUUCAACGCCAGGACGGCUAAGUCCAGCGACAAGUUCCUCAAGUUCCUCCACGGCCGCUUCGAGCUGCUCUACAAGCGCAUGGAGAGCCUUCUGCUGGACAAGGUCCUGUCGGUGCCGCCCAACGUCCUGCUGCCGGAGAGCGAGUGCCAGGGUAAGUACCCGCGGGCGCCGGCCGAUCUGCAGCGCCUGGAGGCCUCCCUGGCCCAGCUGAGCCUGGCGUACCAGGCUGAGGUCGCCGCUCGACAGGAGAUGGAGGCCGAACUGGAGCACCAGCGACAGGUGAAGGAGCGUCUGGCGGGCCUCCUGAGUUGGGUGGAGGAGGUGAAGGAGAGGAGCACGCAGGAGGGAAGCACCCCUCGUCACCAUGACGACCUGGGCCUGGACCUGGAGAUGGUGCGGCACAUGAGAGACGUCAACAGCAAGAUGCUGAAGAAAGGCAGAGAGCUGGGUGUACUGCAGUAGUGCCGUGUGUGUGUGUGUGUGUGUGUGUGUGUGUGUGUGUGUGUGUGUGUGUGUGUGUGUGUGUGUGUGUGUGUGUGUGUGUAUGUAAGAGAGAGAGAGAGAGAGAGAAAGGCAGAGAGCUGGGUGUAUUGCAGUAGUAGUAGUAGUUGUGUGCGUGCGUGCGCGUGCGUUGGGAACCUCAACCUGCUUGUGUGACAUGACUGAGUCAACAGUCAUCAGUUGUGUAUGUAUUUGUGUGCCAUUUAGAAACAACCUUCCUACUUUGUGAGUUGAAUUGGACGUGUGUGUGUGUGUGUGUGUGUGUGUGUGUGUGUGUGUGUGUGUGUGUGUGUGUGUGUGUGUGUGUGUGUGUGUGUGUGUGUGUGUGUGUGUGUGUGUGUGUGUGUGUGUGUUAUUUGUAUAUACUCUUGAUGAUCCCGUAAUAAAACUGUGCAAAGCUAGUCCAAGUGGUCAGUUUUAUUUAAACCAUACUUCUGGCCAAUACUCUAUUGGACUGUGUUUUUAAAUGAGAAUUGUUUCUAAAGAGAAAUUUUAGCAUUAGUACAUGUGCACAGAAUUUCACAAAAUACAGUAGUAUGGUCUGUGUUCAAUUUCCAAAUAUGUUAAAAAAUAAUAACAAAAUGCAAGUAUGACAUUGCGCAUUAUUGCACCCAAGUGUUGGGGUAUGAAAUCA